AUGGUGCACGAAUAUAUUGGAAGCAAAAUUACGAUUAUUUCUCGUAAUGAUAAGAGAUACGAAGGUGUUCUACACUCUAUAGAUGUUGAUAAAUCCACUAUUACUUUAAAGGAUGUUAGAUAUUUUGAAAAUGGUCCAAAUGGCACCACAGGGCCUGCAUCCUCAACAGUUUUUGAAAUGAUCGUUUUUAGAGGAAGUGAUAUAACUGAUCUUGCAGUUUGUCAACCAGCAUCAGCAAACAAUAAUAAUGGACUCCCAAAUGAUCCUGCCAUAUUGUCAGUAAAUGGAGGUUCAGGAGUUACUUCAACCCAAAUCCACGCAACUGAUACUGGUAAUAUCAAUCACCAGAAACAACAAAAACCAUUAGAAACCAGUUCAAGUAACUCUAGACGUUCCCCAAAAAUGAGCUAUAGUAGUGCUGUAUCAGGAGGAAAAUCUUCAAAUUCAAAUCAAGGAAACUCUUCCUCAACCUCGAAUGGACAUAAGGACCAUCCUAGAAAUAGGCAGAGAGGUGCUGGGUAUUCCGGAAGAUCUUAUAGAGGUGGUGCCGGAGGAAGCUCUCAUAACUACAGUGGUGGAGGUCAUCAAAGGUCUUUCGUUGUUGGAGAGCUAAAGCCUAGAAUUAAUCAGGCUCUCAAAGCAGAACUUGAUACUGAAUUUGAUUUUUCUGAGCAAAACAAGAAAUUCGAAAAAACAUUUAAUGAGGGGCUUGCAUCUGCAUAUACAGAACAGGGAAUCAAGUUAGGAAGUCCAGUCUCCGAAAUUAAUAACCAAUCUGGAAUCGCAAACAUUGGUUUAGGUGGUAAUGGGAGCUCCACUACGAAUGAUGAUAAAGCGGACGAUCAAUCUAAAAAACUCACAGUCGGUGGGUAUAACAAGGUUUCUGGAUUCUUUGAUAGCAUUUCUUGCGAAACUUUGGACCCCGAACGCUCCAGGAAAUCACAGGGAUCAUCUGAUCCUCAAGCUAAAGCCCUAAGAGAAAAACAGAAACUUAUUGAUAAGGAGACUUUUGGAACUUCCGCCAUGAAGCCUCGUGCUGGAUCCUAUAACAGGGGCUCUAACAACAGAAGAGGUGGAGGAGGUCACAGAGGUGGAUACCACGGAAAUAACAGAUUUAAUAAAAGAGAGGCAUAA